GAGGAGCGAGCGUAGCGAGGGAGAGCGAGUCGAGGGAAGAAGCUGACUGAGCAUUUAGGAGAGAUACAGCGAGUUUGACUUUCAAGGCAUGCAGUUUAGAGAAAUAGAACAACCACUCCACAAGCUAUACUGAUCUAAAAACAUAAGAGCAACGCAGGUGUUGAUUAAAACAAAUACAAUUUUAGUGGAUUAAUUGAGAAAUAGAAUGGGUUCCAAAAGAUGCCAUUCGAAGACACGGGGAAAACUGAACGACUCAUUAUUCUGCAUUGGGGUUUGUCUAAUAAUUCUGCUACCGUUGUGUGAUACAUUCAACUUGGACGUGGAGAACCCUUCUGUCUACAGCGGACCUAAUGGGAGCUACUUUGGAUAUUCCGUGGAAUUUUACUUGACCAAUUCUUCAAGCGUCAGUGUAGUGAUUGGCGCUCCCAAGGCCAAUACCAGUCAGUUCAACAUCACAGAGGGCGGGUCUGUGUACUUCUGCCCAUGGAGUCUCGGCCAAUCUGAGUGCCACAACAUUGAAUUUGACAAUCAAGGGGACCGCAUAGUCACUGUCAGUGGCACAGACUACCAGGCUGAAGUCAAGUCCCACCAGUGGUUCGGCGCCACCAUCCGUUCCCACGGAGACACCAUUCUGGCCUGUGCCCCCCUCUACUCCUGGAGAACCAAAGCAGAAAAGCCCCAGUCAGAUACCACGGGAACCUGCUACCUCUCUGUCAAGAACUUCACCAAGUUUGUGGAAUAUGCUCCCUGUCGCACAGAAUUCAUUAACCAGGGUGGUCAGGGCUACUGUCAGGGGGGAUUCAGUGCUGAUUUCACGAAGGAUGGGAAAGUGGUGCUUGGAGGACCAGGCAGCUUCUUCUGGCAAGGUCAGGUGAUCUCAGCAGCCAAAGAGGAGAUAAUCAAGGCCUACUAUCCAGGGUACUUCAUGCAGUCUGUGGAGGGACAGACCCAGACCAGACAGGCUCAGAUCAAAUAUGACGACAGCUACCACGGUUACUCUGUUGCAGUUGGGGAAUUCAGUGGAGAUGACGUGGAAGAUGUUGUGGCUGGGGUCCCAAAAGGGGUCAUGCUCUAUGGUUUGGUGUCUGUUUUAAAUGGCACUGAUCUGAAGUCCAUGCUCAACUACACUGGCGAACAGAUGGGCUCCUAUUUUGGGUAUACUGUGUCCACAGCCGACAUCAAUAACGACGGCAUGUCUGACCUGUUGGUGGGAGCUCCCAUGUACAUGACCCGAGGGUCAGACGGCCGUCUGGAGGAGGUGGGACGUGUGUACCUCUAUCUGCAGCGUGGACCACUGGACCUGGAGACAACUCUCAACCUGACUGGGACCCAGGUGUUUGGGAGGUUUGGCAGCACCAUCGCACCUCUGGGAGACCUCAACCUGGACGGAUACAAUGACUUGGCCAUCAGCUGUCCUUUCGGUGGAGAGGACCAGCAGGGAUUGGUUCUCAUCUACAACGGAUUCGCCGGUGGGCUCAGGAACACACCCUCUCAGGUCAUAGCUGGCCAAUGGGCUUCAGGCACAGUGCCGGCCAGCUUUGGAUUCUCACUCCGAGGUGCUAAGGAUCAGGACAUGAACGGCUACCCAGAUCUUAUUAUUGGUGCUUUCGGAGUUGACAAGGCGAUUUUGUACAGAUCCCGGCCCAUCGUCAACACCAGUGCCUCCCUGACCGUCUAUCCCACAAUGAUCAACCCCGAGGAGAAGAGUUGUUCAGUCAACAACGGCAACACCACCAUACCUGUCUCCUGUGUCAACCUGAGUUUCUGCCUCUCUGCCAAUGGGAAGUACCUACCAGACAACCUAGGCUUCCUGGUAGAGGUGCAGUUGGACCAUCUGAAACACAUGCAGAAGGGAGGGGUGAAGAGGGCUCUGUUUAUAGACUCCCAGCAGGCAAUGCUUCAGAGGACUGUGAGAGUGCGGAGCGGAGAGCGUGUGUGUCACGAGACCAAGAUCUACCUGAGGGAUGACAAGGAGUUCAGAGAUAAGCUCUCCUCCAUCUACAUCUCCCUCAACUUCAGUCUGGAUCCUCAGGCAGCGUUUGACUCCCACGGCCUCAGACCCAUCCUUAACUACAAGACCACCGAGCUCAUCGAGCAGAAGGCCCAGAUUCUGCUGGACUGUGGCGAAGACAACAUCUGUGUUCCCGACUUAAAGCUGGCGGUGCACGGGGACAGGAAGGAAGUGUACCUAGGUGACGACAACUUGCUGACCUUGACUUUCAACGCGCGGAACGAGGGUGAAGGUGGGGCCUAUGACGCUGAACUGUAUGUGGUGUUACCUCCUGAAGCAGACUACAGCGGUAUAGCUCGCAAUAACGAGAGCCUGACCCAGCUGACCUGUAGCUACGAGGCUGAGAACCAGACCCGCUACCUCAGCUGUGACCUGGGCAAUCCCAUGAAGUCUGGCACCAGCCUGUGGGCAGGCCUGCGUUUCACUGUGCCACGACUGAAGGACACACGCAAGACGGUUCAGUUUGAGCUGCAGAUCCGCAGUCAAAAUGAGAAUAAUUCCCACAGUGAGGUGGUGCCCUACAAGCUGGAGGUGGUUGUCCAGGCCGAUGUUAUUUUACAGGGUGUCUCCCGGCCAGACAAGGUCUUCUUUCCUCCCCUCAACUGGAAGGUCUCCAAGACCCCCCAGGAGGAGCAGGACAUUGGGCCUGUAAUCCAACACGUCUAUGAACUGGUGAACAAAGGUCCCAGUGGGAUCAGCCACACAGUGCUGCAGCUCAGCUGUCCUCUCAGUGUUCAGGGCCAGGGUCUCCUCUACCCCCUGGAGAUGUCUACUGAGGGACCCCUCAACUGCACCACCAACCACUCCAUCAACUACCUGCAGCUCAAGCUCCAGCAGACUUCCACAGAGCAGCCGCCCCUACUUGUGCCUGGUCAGGAUCACCACAUCGAGAGGAGAGAAGUCCAGAGAGACCAGCUGGCAGAGCACACUAACUUGUCCUGCUCUAACGUGGAGUGCUGGACACUGCAGUGUAACGUGGGUCUUCUGGAGAAGGGGACCAGCGCCAUCCUCAAAUUGCGCUCCCGCAUCUGGGCUGAGACCUUCAUCGAGAGGGCAUACAAGGGGUACGUGCUGGAGUGCCUGGCAAGGUUCAGUGUGGUCAAGAUGCCCUAUACCAUCUUGCCCAAGGAGGUACCGAGUGGAUCUAAAAAGGUGGUGACCCCAUUGGUGUGGAACAAACAAGACAGCCAAUACUCUGUGCCCUUGUGGAUCAUCAUUCUGGCCAUACUGGCUGGGCUUCUGCUGCUGGCACUGCUCAUCUACGUCCUGUACAAACUUGGCUUCUUCAAAAGGUCGCUACCCUACGGCACGGCUAUGGAGAAGGCCCAACUCAAGCCCCAGGCUGCGUCUGAGGCCUAAACACCACAUAGAAAGGAUUAAAACAAACUAUUUUGUUGUCACAGAACCAAAGAAACCUAGAAACCCACAUGAUUGCAAUGGAGAAAUGUGGUUAAUUUAAACACCCAGAGAGGAUUAGACUGCAGUUGAAGAGGGAGGAGGAGGAGGAGGAAAGACCACUGGAACUCCACUGUACUGCACUAGAGGAAGAAAUACCCAAAGAACUCCAAACCAAAUGAAUGUUUUUAAUUUAAUAUAUGUUUAUGUUUGUUGUCGUUGGGUUGGGAUUGAUCACCAAGCUGAACUUCAGUGUCACAGUCAGACAAACUGGCUUUAGACUUACUGAUCCUAUUUGAGUUGAAGUCCAAGACUAGUGACUACAGAAGAAGAGGAGUAGCCUAUGGAAGGCCUUGAUUCGAUCAAGGAAGAUGCUUGGUUUCACCCUGCACAUCUUUUUAAACAGCUUUGUAUUCCCUUGUGGAUCCUUGUGAAAGAUAAUUGUUUUACUCUUUUUCAACUGCCUUCAUUUUGGUGCUAAAAAAGUGUGAUCACUGCUUUUAAAAGGUAUAUGAUGGUAUUGAGGGGGACUGAAUGCAUCUCCCUUCCUUUUUGUAGCCAUUAAAGAAAUCUGAUCUGAUACUUUACCAACCAAAGUUAGAAACAUGCUUCCUGUUCAGGGCACCAGAGGAGCAUGUUCACCAGAGGAGCAUGUUCACCAGAGGAGCAUGUUCACCAGAAGAGCAUGUUCACCAGAGGAGCAUGUUCACCAGAGGAGCAUGUUCACCAGAAGAGCAUGUUCACCAGAGGAGCAUGUUCACCAGAAGAGCAUGUUCACCAGAAGAGCAUGUUCACCAGAGGAGCAUGUUCACCAGAGGAGCAUGUUCACCAGAGGAGCAUGUUCACCAGAGGAGCACAGACAGAGGAUGUCUGUCUCGUGUCUCCAUUAUCUACACCUGAGCUGUUUACCCAUCCACAUUUCUACCAAACAUGUUUUUACAGCCAAUCUUUUGUUUAAUGUAAGUUCAGUUUGGCUCCAGUAAUGUUCGGCACAUACAAAUUCCUGUACUGCCAAAAUAGCUUCUUCAGCCUCAGAGUGGUGGACAUACAGUGCUUGGUCCAGUUGUUUUGCACUCAAAAGAAAUCUACUGAUGUCUAACAAGAUGCCAAAAACAGACAGGAUACUGAUGGACUGAUCUUCCUUUGGGUUUGACUUGACCAUUACUGAUCACUUUGUUGAUCCUGUAUGUUUGUGUUUGUUGUGACAGAGCAAAGCAUUGCCUCAAAGUUGACUGGGACUUGACUGGAUCCAUCCACCAUGGGCCUGUGAGAUAGAUCCCACUGAAAUCUUGAAACACUCUGGUGCCAGUACUCUGUCUGGUGACUUGUAAACAAGUUUGUCCAGACUUUGCCUGUGCUGCAAGAGGCAGUAUGGAAAUUGAUUUGAAGCAAAGAUCAUCCAGGUGUAUCCACAGCCUUGGUGUGUAAUGAUGUCUUGAAGUCAGUACAUUACUAUGUUGCCAACAGAGAUCAAGGAAGCUGUAGUACAUACAAUCUGGGUGGGUUGCUUGCAGGUAAGGGCUCACUCCGGUGAGUGUCAGGGAAACGGCCAAAUAUCCAGUCCCUACACAUUUCACCUUGAUCUUGUAGUGUGCUAGGAGCAUCUUUGCUCUGGUUUGUUUUAAUUUUAUUUUGAUGUCCUUAUGAUAACAAAAACUGACUGAGUACCAGAAGCUCUCACACCACGAUGCUCCAGCUUCAUCCAUGGACUGAAUAUGUGGGGCUCUUUUAUUUGUCAUGUAAAUACGUUUUGUGUGUGUGUCAGACUGCCCGUGUCUUCAUGUGUUGAUGUUCCUGUCUGUUUUUCUGUGUGAAUCAGAGAUCAAUCCCAAUGCUAAGUCCUCUCCUUUCUCUCUUGCAUCACGAGGGAAAGGUAGACUUGUCCAGCAGUAAUGCUGAUCAUCGUAUCACUUCAAUCUGUACUCAGGAUGGGUUGAGACUGCCUGAUUAGAGUUUAGGACAGCUAGGACCAGAGUAGCUAUUCAUGGAGGGCCCAAUUCAGACUUGAGAUAAGUAAAAGAAAAAAAAAGACUUAAGUCCAUGUUAAGUCAACUUAUCUCAGGUCUGAAUCAGGCCCUUAAUGCAAUAGAGAGACUGCAAUGAAAAUACACAUGCAUACACAGUAAUAUCAGUUUGCCUCUUGUAAAGGGAAAGCAACUGGGCAUUGGGGGGGGGGGGAUGGUUUGUACGUGCAAUAUUAUUAUUCACUCUGGUUGAUAUUGGUUUUAGUUUUUGCAGUAGUUUUUGAAUUUUCUUUCAUUUUGUUCCGGAGGGGUUGUGUUAAACCAGGUGUAUCUAACAUCUAAUGAUGAGUCUGUGUUAAAAACCAUACCAAGUCUGCUCCCUAUAGUCGGAUGGGGGUAUUGUCAAAAACAAUUGGUCCCCCCCCCCCCCUAGAUUUUUCCACUGCACGUAUUCACCACUUUUACAUUUUGCUCCACUGCUAUAACUAGCCAAUGUUUAGUAUCACUAUUUCAGAUAUCAGUGGUAAAAAAUACAUCCAUCAAACGUCCUGAGUUGAACUCGAGUGGGCAUGUGUGAUAAUGUAUGUUCAGUUCAAUGGUAUCACCUAUCCAAACGCAGCCAUAAUGUUCCACAUCUGUUUUCACUAUUUGUUUUGAAUGCCCCCAAGCUCAUUGGUGAUUUAAUCCACGAGCUUUAUCAACACUCAUGGUGCAAAGACUGCUGACGCCACUCAGUGGAUUCAUUUAACAUGUAUCAUAUUAUUUUUAACAGUAUUUGUAUGAUAUUGUUUUGAAAAGUAUAUGUCUGAUCGUAGUGUCCAGACUGAAAAUGUCAACCAAGUAUUAUUUAUAUUGAAAGAGGAUGUUUUAAACAGAAUCCUCUGUGGUUACAGUAGAAGACUACACUGGGUUUAUCCUUGUUUUCUCAAUGCUUUCUAGGCCCCCUUUUAAAAAUCUCCUUUUUACAAAGUUGUAAAUAUUUCUGACGAGAAUAUUUUUUAGAUCCAAUUGGGAAAAAAAACAUUUGUGAAAUUUACUCUCCCCAUAUUGGGGAGACUUUCUGGGAAGAUGAUUUAGUCUUUUAGUGAUCAUUUGUGUCUUAUUAUAUGGUUUGCAUUUCAAUUAAAAAAAUGACAUGCUUUGAUUGAA